AUGGUCCCAGGGGGCUAUGGGGGUGGGGGCUACGCAGCUAACUGGCAUUUUAUUAGUGAGAAUAGUGGCGCAGGGAGCGGAGGCGGCCAAACAUGUGUCAAAUUCGAUAAAAACGAUCUCUGGCAUCGUGUGAUUGUGAGUGGGGGCGGCGGCGGCUCAGACAACACCGGCGCUGACUUCUCAACAUUCAAAGGAUUCGACGAUGGCUCUGGAGGUUCGGGAGGCGGCUUUACCGCUCAAGGUUAUUGGCAAGAUGUAAAUUAUUUUGGUGAAAAAUCUGCAAAUUCGAGGUUUGGCUUCAGCUUUGGAUAUGGAGAAUCUGCACAGCAACAUGGAUCAUUAAGUGAUUACGGAGUGAGAUCAGCCGACGGAGAGAGCGAUCGUCCAGGUGCAGGAGCUGGUUGGUUUGGAGGAUUCGCAGGGAUGAAUGGAAAUGCAGGUUCAGAAGGAGGAAGCUCAUGGGCAUUGACGAGAGCUUUGGAUUAUCCGAAAGAAUUCAUCACUGCAUAUGAUAGCUUCCAUAAUUAUAUUGGUAGCGAAAAAUAUGGAUUUGAUUCCACAAGUCCAUAUUUUUUCGAUAAUGUUCGAAGUUAUUCUGGCGUUUGGGAAGGUGAUGGGCAACUUGUCAUCACAAUACUAUGUACAUUAAAAUGCAGCAAAAUAUACUAUACAAGGAAUCAUUAUUUUUUCUUGUUGGGCCUCGUUUAA